AUGAAGCUGCCGGAGGAUUUGGUUUUAGAGAUCUUGUCAAGAUUGCCCGUAAAAUCGUUGGUUAGAUUUCGAUCCGUUUGUACAUCAUGGAAUCAUAGUAUUGUUAAGGAUUUCAUGUUUGUUUCGCGGCAUUAUAAAAAUGUCUUAUUGAAACAGCGGGAUCUCGAAACUCUGCUCAUUAGUAGGCGCGAUGAUGGUACGAAUAGACGAGUCAUAUCUUUGUUAGAAAAUGAUGAUGGGAAUGGCGAUAACACCACAACACUAGUCAAUCAAGAACCGCCUACAUCGUUCUUGAAUGACAUAUUCGGACAUGUUAGAUUGAUUGGCCCUUGUAAUGGAAUCAUAUGCUUGUAUGGAUACACGGAUCAUAUUGCUUUAUGGAACCCUAGCAUUCAUGAUUUCAAAAUAUUGCCGCGAUCGCAUGUGCUACGCCCUCUUCAUGCUAGAAUACGAGGUGGAGAUCUCGGAAUCGGAUUUGAUCCCACAACUUGCGAUCUAAAAGUCAUGCAAAUCUUGUUUUGCAUAACCUCUGAUAAUCACCUAACUUAUCAUGUCGAAAUAUAUUCCUCAAGAACCAACACAUGGAAAAUAUACCAGCACAAUAUCCCGGGUAAUAUCAUGUACUACAAUAUUUGGAGCAUGGUGUACAAAGACGAAACCUUUUGUUGGUGGGCUCAAGACGACGACAACAACAACAACAACAACAGCGAGAUAAUUUUGUCGUUCAACAUGAGGAAUGAAGUGUUUAGAAAGACACCAUUGCCUCUAAACAUCCAAGACUUAGGAGGACAAGAUAGGACUACUAGGGCUAUUUUGCCACUCAAAGAAUCCAUUGCUUUGCUUGUCUAUAACCUCAAAGAUUCGGACAAAGUUUUCGACAUUUGGGUAGCGAACCAAGUAGGGAUAGGGCGCGACGAUUGGACGAGGUUGCCGAGUGUUGGCCCUAUUUCUAAUGUAGAGAGGCCUUUAGGGUUUUGGAAAAACAAUGAAGAGUUGGUCUUGGAAAGUAGUAAAGGAGAAUUAGUUGUGUUCAAAAUUAGGGAUCAAGAAAUUAGCAAUUUUGGGAUUUAUGGGAAGAGGAAUAGAUUGGAAAUGGUUGCUUAUAAGGAGAGCCUAUUUAGGGUUAAUAUGUGA